CAUUAUUCAAAGGUGGCUCGGAAAAACUACUCAAAGUGUAAGCUUGCGUGGGUUUUAAUUCGUUAAAUUUGUGAAUGGAAGUUGUUGGGUGGGGAAUUAAGAAAGUAUUUAACUAAAAGAAAUUGUUGACUAUCGUUAGUUGCUAGGAAGAUUUCCUUUAAAAGGGAUUUUGUUUCUAAAAUUUGAUUAAAUUUGUAUGCUCCAUUUUUGGCAAAAUCUUCGGCCAUUGAUGAAUACGAUAUUCGUGAGACCUGUCUGUACGCUGUCGUUGUCGUCGUAGUUGUGCUCUAUCGUGAGAUUGGUCUUUUCCACGGACGGGCGAUUGAGAAAGGAUUUUCAUUCUAGUCAAGUUCGGUUUGGGAGCGGAGUGCUGUGCCAUCUUUUUCAUAGUGAAUUGAAACCAAAUUUUAACAAGUUUACUUGUGAAAUCGUUGGAUGACAUUACACUGAACGGAUUAGCUAAUAUUAACAUCAGUGCGAUUACAACUGUAUUUAAAGUGAAAAAACUAGGUGAAAAAUUCAAGUGUCACGCGGUGAAAACUAAAUCUCCAAUUUACGAUUAAAACCUCCUCCUAACUAAGUUCAUAAGCAAUUGGCUAGCCCAUAUCAUUUGUCAUAAACUGAAAACAAAACAUACUUCGGCGACGUAUUUCGUUUAUUAAGAGCGGUCCAAAAGCUAGUUUGAAUAACGCCACAGAGCCUUGACAAACAAGUAGAGCCAUCUAAGGAAGACAGCUACCCAACAAGAGCGUGGUGUAGUUUGCUUCCUUUCUUCCUUCUCGUUCAAUAUUAGCACCAUAUCUGACGCUGGGUGCGGGCGAAUCUGCGCCCCGCCAAAGAAUCCUCAAGCCGGCACACUGUCUUUCGCAAACUUCAAAACUAGCUUUACCAGCAAUGUUAAUUUCUUGAAGCGACGUGAUUUUUUACCUGGUAGAUUCAGCUCGGGAGACUUGUCUUCCGAGUGUGAGGAUGUCGAUCCAAAAGAUUUACCGCCAGCAGCAAGACCUCAGCCUCCCCUACAGCAGCAACCAAUGCCGGGUGGUCCGCCCAACAUUCCGCCCCCGCCAGCACCGGGCACUGCCGGAUCGGCGGUGUCGCCGGGACCAGUUCCAGGAUCUGCCCCACCAACGGGUGGGCCCGAGCUGUCGCUAAGCUUUGGCAAGGGACCCCAACGCGGAACCAGUGCACCGUCAAGUCCGGCCAAGUCGCGGGAAAGCCUGCUGCAGCGCGUACAAAGCCUGACCGGAGCCGCCCGUGACCAGGGGGCUUCCAUAAUCGGCGCGGCCGUCUCAACUGCAGCACGUGUGCAACCUUUUAACAAGGACAAGUGCUUCACGCUGCUCGUGUUGGACGACCAGAACACCGACUGGUCCAAGUACUUCCGUGGAAAGCGUCUCCACGGUGACUACGACAUCCGAGUCGAACAGGCAGAGUUCCGUGAAAUAUCGCUCACGGCGAACGCGGACGCUGGCCCACUGGUUUCAUUCAACAGGGGCAGCUCCAAGCAGCCAAAGUCGUUCCGGCCGGACUUUAUCCUGGUGCGUCAGGCACCGCGUGAUGGUGCCAAGGAUUACCGAUCAACACUGCUUGGUUUGAAAUAUGGUGGAGUUCCCAGCAUCAACUCGCUGCAUUCGCUGUACCAAUUUCAGGAUAAACCAUGGGUGUUCGCCCAUUUGCUCCAACUCCAGCGUCGUGUGGGUAGAGAAGCAUUCCCCCUUGUCGAGCAGACAUUUUUCCCGAAUCCUCGAGAAAUGCUCGCCUGGCAACGUUUCCCUUGUGUGCUGAAGGCCGGCCAUUGUCACGGUGGAAAGGCAACUGCUAAGCUGGACAACCCGGCCGCGCUGCAAGACGCCGCUGGGCUCCUGUGCGGAACCGGACUCUCCGAGAGUACCUCCUACUGCAGCCUCGAGCCGUACAUCGAUGCAAAGUUCGACGUACACAUCCAGAAGAUCGGCGGGAAUUACAAGGCGUUCAUGAGAAAAUCCAUCUCCGGAAACUGGAAAACAAAUCAAGGUUCAGCAAUGCUCGAACAGAUUCCUAUGACAGAAAAAUAUAAGUCUUGGAUCGAUGAGGUUUCGGAGCUGUUCGGAAGCAUGGAGGUUUGCGGAAUAGCCGUAAUCGUAUCAAAAGAAGGCAAAGAGUUCAUAAUUAGUGCAUCCGACUCGACCUUCCCUCUAAUGGGAGACACACAGGAAGAGGAUCGCCGCCAAAUUGCCGAUCUGGUCGUAGGACGCAUGCAGAACGUUUGCCGUCCGUCAAUGCUGACAAAGGCAACUUCGCGUACAUCGAUCUCGUCACGUGGUGGUAGUCCCACCGAGGAGAACCCUCCGGUCCCGAUCGGAAGCCGGCCGGCACCUGUUGGCGGUGGCCCUCCGCCGAUUCCGGAACGCACAACACCGGGCGUCGGUUCCAUUGGUCGUCAUGGUAGCAUUAGUAGCCAGUCGGGAGAACCGCCCGAGCAACCGAUGGAUAAGGCCCCAACUCUCAACAGCGUAGGACGUCGUGAUUCGCAAGCUUCUCAAUCGAGCUCCAUCUCGGGUGUUUCAUCAGCCUCGGCGGCCCGCUCGAAUGCCAGCAAAGUCGGCCCUGGACCUGGCCAAGGGGCACCGGGAAAUGUUGACGAAGCCGAGGAUACGAUGAAGAAUCUGCGCAAAACGUUUGCGGGCAUAUUUGGUGACAUGUAGGAUUUAGCCAAAAAGAAGAAACCGCAGCGUGGAGGUGAAAGCACAUCCGGCAGCACCACCGGGAGCAUCCUGAGCACCCGCGAGAAUUCGAUCGAUAGUGUAAUUGCGCGCCCCAUGACUGCUGCUGCCAACCCGGUUGCGGCGACAGCACCGGAUAGCAAGGAUGCACUGUGCAAUGGUGUUGCUGCUGGAUCGACCGCUGCUGCCAGUGGCAGUGUAAAUAACAUCAACUAUACUACUACCAGUAGAGUAGAUAGCGUUUCUUCUUUUGAUAAAAAUUCCACGUUUAAUAAUCAUUCCUCUGCGCUGGUAACGACGUCCAACGUCCGAGAGGUACCAUCUACAAUUCAAGAGACAAAACGAACACCAUAUGACUCGGUGGCCACAAACGACAGGAUCAACCUAUUUGACAAGGAUAAAGUAACAGCAGCAACAGCAGUAACAACCGGCGUUACAUUUUCGUCCACGUCUACAAUAAUUUCCAGCGAUACCGGGGCGCUGAAGAAUGGCAUCAAUCCAGAAGGAUUUUCUUCAAUAUCUAGCCGGACACUGACAUCCACAACAUCAGCAGCAUCUUCCUCUUAUACCACUUCUUCUAACAUAAUCACUAGCGAUAAGGGAGACGAUAACGUGAAAGAUCGUUACAACAUACAGCAAGGUAUUAGGGAUCAAUCACAAACUGGUCGUUUCGGAACGCAGCCAAGUAGUGUCGUCAGCAAUGCUACCGUUUCGUCAGCCAAUGCUUCCGGUUCCAGCGAAGCUAAAAAACAGGAAUUCGGUCGAACUAAGCGAUCCUCCUCAGAUGCAGAGUUAAUAUUUGGUGCAAAAGGUCCAGACUUUUACAAACCCCGUUUCAGUACUACUGGGUUGGAUUUUAAGACAAGUAACGAUUCCAUUUCCGAUGCUGAACUAAUUUUCGGCACCAGUGCCGUAAGCGGACCACCAUCUGCUACCGCUACUUCCGCUUCAUCAACGUUCAAUCGACAUUCGUAUGGAAACCGGGACAGUUCCAGCUUUACCAACAGUGUCUCGGAUUCGGACCACACUUUUGGCAAAAAGGAAGAACGUAACGUGUUCAGCAAGAGCCUCUCAGUUUCUUCGGAGAAAUCCGACUCCUCUUCUAUAACUGAUCGAUUCCGGGCUGCUCCCAAGGCUUACGAGCCCCCAAAAAUUGCUUCUUCCAUAAGCAGCAGUUCAGCAGGAAGCAAAACGUGGAGCAACAAAUAUGAUGAAGACGACUUUGACCUCAAGUAAACUGUGACUUGGGACGGGUAGCAAUACCCAGUGUAGUAGGUUAGUCCAUAAUUUAUAGGGUAUGUUAAUCAAAUUGUGUCUCCUGGUUGAUUUGUGCGUGCACUGCUUCUAUUUUAAAAAAAAACACUUAUUUAUCUUUCCUAACUUACUCACUAUUAACCCACUUUGCACGUACUAGAGUGUACCAAACCUACACAAAUCAUUGAGCAAAAAAAAACAUUCACAUUCAAAUAAAGUAAACGUUAAACAUGUUGUUGAAAAUAGUAUUAGAUGUACCGAAAAUCAAUCUUAUUAUAUUAACGCUAAAUCAAUACUUUAUCGUGUAGGAAGAUCUAUAAGAAGCAAACUACAGAAAUUAGCCUCUGAUGUUUCCUGGUUUCAUAGUUUUACAUUCAUAUAGAAAACCCAUCAAAGGUUGAUGAAGAAUGAACAAAUCCCAGGUCCGUCAGAAAGGUGAUGAAAGUUUUUGUUCCAAAAACAAACAUUUGGUAACUCUGCACAAGUAUGGUUUGUUUAUUUGCCCGUUUAUCCUUGUUAUACAAACUAUGUUGAAAUUGGUUUUACAAUUAAGUACUGAACGAAUUAGGUAAUCAAUGCAUUUAAUAUCAGGGGUUCUACCAGUACGGUAUUAGAGCUAAGCAUAUCAUUCGCCAUGAUUUAAUCCACCACGUGUAUACCAAAAAUCUGCAAAUCAAACAGUUAUGUUUAAACACAUGAACAUUCCUAAACUGUACUAAACGUUUCUUCAAGCUACACUGGAAAGAAAGCAGAACAAGUUGGAUAAGAAUCGAUCCAGAUUUCCCAAAAAAAAAAUUGUAAGUCUUGAAAAACACAUUACUUAACACAGCUGACUGACUAGAGUAGAAUUAAAUUCUAGUUUGGAAAUUAAAACUGAUAACAGCAAAUUUGUUUUUUCCUCGGUUUCUCAUCCUAAAACAAGCAAAGAAAAUUGGAAUUUCAAUUAAAACAGCAAUGAAAUUAAGGUAACGAUAUGUAUCGCGCACAGAACAGUAGCUAACUGCACGAAACUAUUGAAGAAAAAAAAACAAAAAAUGUACUACGUACAAACUUCAGACCGCAAUGAAAAACAAAACAUAAAUGUUAAGCUGUCAAAACAAAACAAAAUAAUCGGCUUACAUCGGCUAAAUUGACAAACAAAAUAUUAAGACAUAUACACUAUUAAUGAUUAAAUGUUGUUAGAAUAUCUUACUAUAGUUAAGGAGUUUGAAUUGAUAAUUAGAAGAAAAAAAAACAAGUCAAAUACUAAAUGGAUAAUGAUGCUAGAAAAAUAUAUAUAUCAAUUCAUUCUCAAUUAAAUGCAGCAUUAAGAAUAUCGUAUGAUGACAAUAUUAAUAAGAUAGUUGAUAUUUACAUAUUGAACAACCUAAAGCCAACAAACGGCAUGUUAUUGAAACUUAUUGGCAAAUAUUUACCCUUAAACCACAUUUAAAACCUAAACAUAUUAUGACCACCAGCGUUAAACCAUUAUCAGCUAACGACGGAAGCAAGUUUCUGUCAAUUGAUGCAAUUGUGUUAAGUUUACCAGCAAAUCCGUUCAGCUAAUGGAUGCACAAUUGACUGUCAAGGGUUUUCGAGAAAUGUUU